CAGUAUCUCGCGUAGAGUCCACGAGUCUACUACCCCAGUGCAAUACAAAAACAGCACCAUUAAGCCGGUUGUCUCACAAACGACCAAUGUGAUCAGUGCGAUUUGCUUGUUCAGAGGAAGAUUUGCGCAUUCAAGACAAUGGGUACCUCGCCGACCUUAACCCAGGUGGUUCUUCAGGUGGCGAUUUGCUUCACUCUCAAUUUCAAGGUCAGUUCCGCAGCGGCAAUUUGCAAUGCUGGUGAUAAGAGUGCCCUGCUCAGAUUCAAGGACCAGUUGGUUGACAAUGCCAAGGUUCUGGAUCCUUGGAAGUCGACCACUAACUGUUGCACAUGGCCGGGAAUCACUUGCGAUUCAAGGGGACGAGUUACAGUACUGAACCUUCUGGACGUAUUUGCAUUUCCGAACGCUAGUCCCGACACGAAGCUGAAGAUUAAGCCUGGUGUCAAAGGAGCUGGCUCGUCGCUGGGCGACUUGAAGGCGUUGCGAGAGCUGGAGUUUCGCAAUGUGCGGUUUGGAUUCGUGCAUCCCAUUCCUGCCCAGCUUGGAGGACUACCGGCUUUGGUUUCGCUUCAUCUCAUCGGGACGCAGUUUGUAGGGGCGAUCCCCACAGACCUUGGUAGGCUUACGAGGUUGAACCACUUAAUUCUCGAGGGCAAUCGUUUCUCCAGUGGAAUUCCGGACUCUUUCGGCAAUUUGAAGGAGCUGACAUCUAUACAGCUUCCCAACAACGGGCUGAAAACAAUCGGCUCAGAACGCAUAACCUUGUUAAAGAAGCUGCAAUCGUUUGACCUGACGGGCAAUUUGCUCUCCGGGCCCAUUCCUCAGUGGUUGGGCAAGCUCACCCUCUCCGACUACAUCCAGCUCGGACAGAAUGGCUUCACAGGCCCCAUCCCAGGCGAGCUGUGUUCAAUCCGAGGGCUGAAACGUAUCAUCAUCUUCGACACGAAGGUGUCCGGGCCCAUCCCUCCCAAGAUUGGCAACUGCGCUACGCUGACGGAGCUCGUGCUCUUCGACAACCAGAUCACGGGGAGUCUUCCAGUGGAGCUCGCAAAACUGAGAAACCUGCAACGGAUUUCCGUGAAAAGGAACCGGAUGGCUGGCACUCUGCCGCCACAAAUCGGCGACUUGCCAAUGCUCAAGGAGUUCGACAUCGGCAAUAACAAAUUCUCUGGUGCGAUACCAGCAAACUACGGCCCCUUCGAGGAGGAUGAACUGUCUACCGACUUCAGUGGAAACCAGUUGACAGGUCCAAUUCCAAGACCCUUGAGUAAUCUGCGCGUCCGCGUCUUCCAACCUGGAAACCCUGGGCUCUGCGGAAAACCGCUUCCAGCAUGCAAGUGAACUGAUUCUCCCCAUGGAAUCCGACUCCGAGCACCGCAUAUCACAACGUCGAUCUCACUUGGAGCCACAACUCGCACAAGCAAGGAAGGAAGCGUUUUCUUCUGUUUUGUGUAUGUUUUGUAGCUUUUGUCCACGAUCUUCAAAUCGAUCUCGAGAGUGAUGAAAAAGUUGUAUUUCAUGGCAAUCAGUGUUAGAAGUUCAAGUUCACUAUAAAAAAGAACAAAAUAGUUCUUUAAAGUGUUUGAUUCAGGAUUAAUUUAGUGGCACAUUCAUCAUACUUUGAUGAUUCAGAUGACUUUUGUCGUAGUAUUAUUGCAUCUGGAUUGGUAGCUUCCAAAAGUGUUAUUUGAGUCACUUGACUUACUACAGUGGCAAUGCACGUGUGUUGAUUUGCAUAGA